CCCCAGCCAGAGCGCACAUAUGGAACGAGAUUAAGUAAGUAGAGAAAAAAUGAAAAAUUAUAACUGAAGUGGUCAAGAAUACUUUGACUUUUGUUAUACAAAGCAGUCGCCAACAAAAUAAGAGCAGUUGUGCCUACCAUACUAAUUACAAGCCCUCCUCCACAAAAUGUCGCGUCUCGUGAAGGUUGGUACGUGCAAUCUGAACCAGUGGGCCCUGGAUUUCGAUGGGAAUCUAGAAAGAAUCAAAGAGUCUAUCCGAAUCGCCAAGGACCAAGGGUGCCGUCUUCGUCUCGGACCCGAGUUGGAGAUUCCUGGGUGAGCCUCAAAAGUUCGACUUGAUCUUCAUAGAAGAUGAAAUUUUCUUCAAACUUGUUCUGAGUUCAUCUAGGCUCAGAAAGAUUCUGUUUGUUUGAAAAGAUAUCAAGUUCUUUCGUAUUCCGAGGUCCAAUUCACAACAUUCAAAUAGGUAUGGUUGCGAAGACCACUUUCUGGAGCUCGACACGAUCCGACACAGCUGGGAGUGCCUUGCGGAUCUCCUCUGUAGUCCCGAAAACCUGACCGAUGACAUUUAAGGCGUGAUGGUUUUUCGAUAUAUAUAUGCAACGUUGGUUUGUGUCAUGUUGUAACGUCUGCCUACUAUGUCUUCACCCGAUAGGAAGCCGAUGUUGACGGCUUGUUUGUGAUAUUCCUGUCCUAAGAGGGCAAAUGGCAAACAUGGCUCGACCAUGAAUAGUUCUCAGUCAGCAUAAUCUUAAACUUGUUCACGACUAUGUGAUCAUUACAUCGUCUAAACUUACCUCUGUGAUUUCGGUCUGCCAGCUCUUCACCGCGAUGUGGUGUACAACUGUCGCGUCUACUGCCUCAAUGGGCAGGUCUUGGCAGUGCGGCCAAAAAUGUACCUCGCAAACGAUGGAAACUACCGAGAAACCCGGUUCUUCACAGAGUGGCAUUAUGGCCUCAAGAGGAGCACUAUUUUUCAAUAUAUAGGGCUGUUGGACGACAUGCGACGCCUAGAGUAGACGGAUCCUACUUAGCAUGGCCAUUACUAACGAUUCUGUACUUAUAUAUCUUUUACCUACUAUCCUUCAGGGGGAAAAGAAUAGAGGGAUGAACUGGAAGAUGCACAACUAAUUAAAUCUUCUGUAAUACCCCACGAAUGGGUACACUACUACUACUACUACUUCCUUUUUCUUUUCCUAGUUAGGUGUGCUCCACCGAUAAUAUUGAUAUUCCUGUUCACGACAGUCAGGGCUGUGUAUGUUCUACAAAAGAACUUUCAUCACUAUCUUCGCUUAUUUGUAGCAACGAUAGAAGAAACUUGUACAAAAUUUCUUGUUUGGUUCUUCCCCUUGUUCGUUCGAUACAACAAGGAGGGAUUGUACACAUCGGUGUCGUACUCGUAGCUCUCGUCCACUAAGGAGGUACUACAACGCUGAUGUUGGGCCUCACAGAUAGACACCUACUUACUUCACGCUGAUGGGCCACCUCACAGAUAGACACCUCCUUCUAUUCUCACACUAUUUCUAUUCUCACACUAUUUCAACAAUCGCAAGACUUGUUGUUGUCCUUCAUUCUGGCACUGACGGCGUAGAGACGUUCUAUCUGCCGGACUAUUUUUUGGACCGCAUGAACCAGCUGACAGACAAGGUUCACACGGAGCGGGUCCACAAUGUGCGAGUGACUUCUUUUCAGUCUACUACUUUGAACAGCAUCCUGUCGAAGGGCAGCACCGGUCCAGGCGGUUACGAAAGGAGACCCUCACCGGGGACGCAGGGACGUGCGACUUCAGGAGCCACCACUGUUGCUGGUGAUGUCACUGCGACCACAGGAUCUUCGCAACAGAGUCUUCUGUUUACGGUGAUUGAGAAGAUGAACAAAAGAUCCAUUACAACCAGGGAUGAACAACAACCAAUUACUUAUUAUAAUCCAUCUCCAGAAGCAAAAGCAUUUAAUUCUUGGCCUUUUACUUUUUCAUAAGCAGGGGAAAUAAACGGCUUCAAGAUAGAUUAAAAUUUCAGAAUAGAUUAAAAUUUCAGUGAGCUCUAAUCUGUCGCACCAUGGUGUCAACCUACCUGGUGCCGAAGCCUUGUACCAAAGGAGUACUGGUCGUUCGGCAUCCGCCUUAUACACCGCAGCUGGCAUGAAGGAGGUUCCACCACCACUCCUGCAUCCAUCCACAGUACCUUAAGGAUCAACACGAACACAACUCAUUUCAUCUACAAUAUGUCCAUUAGAAGAACACUCUGGUAUCAUAGAAAUACUAUCAGACCACGUCUCUACGGUCUAGUUGCAACCCUUGAAGUUAGAAACGUUCUAUCUGCCAGACUAGAAGAACGCCUAGGAUCCCACAUGUGUAUACUGGUAGGGGAACACGGUGACCACGUUAACGCGUAGCAUCAUAGAAAUACUGUCAGACCACGUCUCUACGGUAACGCAAGAGAUGAAUUGCUUUGGGCUCUAAGUACCCAUUGGCAUCAUCGUGUUGCGCCUCAGGGACUGCGUUAUCGGCAGCGAGACUUGCGAGGAGCUUUUCACACCGAACUCGCCGCAUAUAACUUUAUGCUUCUAGGAGUAGUUCCAACUUCUCACAGUCACAACUUGUAGUUCUUACGUACUUGUCAACGUCUUCUUUUUCGUUCUUUCUUCAAUACGUUCUUACAGUACUUCUAUCUCUUCCGGAGAGCCUCUUCCUUACUUCUAUCUCUUUUCUCACAAUACUUCGAUCUCUUCCGGAGAGCCUCUUUCUUACUUCUAUCUCUUCCUCGUGCCUCCCUGUCUAAUACUCAUGUCCUUAGACGGCGUGCAUAUUAUCACGAAUGGAAGCGGGUCGCACCAUGAACUGAGGAAACUGAGGCAGCGCGUGGACCUGAUCCAGUCCGCUACCGCGAAGAGUGGAGGAAUUUACCUCUAUGCGAACCAGCUAGGAUGCGAUGGGGGACGCUGCUUCUACGACGGCUGCUCGAUGAUAUGGGAAAACGGGAAAUUAGUUGCACAGGGCAGUCAAUUUGUUAAGGCUUUUAUUUACAUUUUCCCCGUUUCAGUGAGGUGUGCUGCAAAUCUUGAUUGGCUUCUUCCUUUCUAUAAGGUUGAGGCUUAGGCCCAGCGGCGCUCAAAGCACUAAAUAAAACAGCCGGUUCGUUUUUACCUCUAGCGUGUAGCCCUUCCGACAAUUUAUAACUUCUGCUCUCCAAAGACUGAGUAUUCGUACUAUUGCUUGUCUCAGUUAAUAAAUACGUCCUUCUUGGAUUCAUUCGGGGACUAUGAACUACGUACAGAACAGGAUGAAUUAGAUUGGUGUGAGCUCUAAACUCGGUCUUGAGGAGGUGGAGGUAGUGACUGGCGUUGUCGAUUUGUCAGCGGUGAGCUCCUUUCGCGCGUCUUUCAAGAGUCGGAGUAAUCAAGCUUCGAUGACCACGACGAAGUACCCUAGAUUAAGGGUUACCACAUUGCCUUCUUCACUACCAUCCUUGACUUUUUUUCCGUGCCGCUUCGCUGUUACAUUCUUUGCGUGAGAUCCAUCGUGAAGACCAUCUACUUGACGCCCUUAAGGCAGUCUGCACUGAACUUUGUGCGAGAUUAAUUGUACUUAUUGUAUUAUAUCGCAUUGUAUUAAGGGGGGCGUUGAUGAGCAGGAUUCACAACCUAACCUACUUAACCAGGAGAAUGCCUUAACCAGGAGACUGCCACCAAAUGUCGCAACCUCUAACUAGAGUUGAGGUCGAUUUCGAGCUGGGAGGGGGCUCAUCGUCGACUUGGGGAUUCGGAGGCCUGGUGAAAAGCGAAUUCCGUAACGUUAGAAUCCCCGACCCCAUGGAGGAAAUCGCCUACGGUCCGUCGGCCUGGCUCUGGGACUAGUAUGGCUAGUGGUUGUGCCAUGGUGAUAAUGAUGAUGAUGUUGCUUUUGAUACUACUACGCACAUCGAGAGUUAUAUCUUCUAGUGGUGCUAGUAUGGUGAUGAUAGACCAUGUUGCUUUUGAUACUAAGUACUACGCACGUCGAGAGUUAUAUCUUCUAGUACUGCUCUAAAAGUUGUACUCGAAAACUGAAAAUAACCGAGUUACUGACUGAAAUAAGGGAGGUAGCUUUGACAGGGCUACUCUUCCUUGUUCAGUAUCUCGCUUAUUUCAGUUUUUCGAAUAGGAGAAUAAUAAGUCUAAGAAAUCGAUAUCGAGUCUAUUAGACAUACAUUUGGGACUAUAUUAAGCCGUGUAGUAUCGUGACUUCUUCAACAGGAAGCCUGGUUCUUCACAACUCCUUGCACAUGACAGAUUGGUAGAAUUCAGUUGGAUUCACAUUGCCUAACGACUGAAGAACAUGAAGGACAGCAGCACAUAGACAUAGACAUAGUUCUAAGUCUAACAGCCAUAGACAUAGUUCUAACAGCCAUAGACAUAGUUCUAACAGACAGUAAGGAACAGCCAUAGACAUAGUUCUAACAGCCACAUAGACAUAGUUCUAACAGCCACAUAGACAUAGUUCUAACAGACAUUAAGGAACAGCCAUAGACAUAGUUCUAACACAGCCACAGACAUAGUUCUAAGUACCUCUAAAGGACAGCCAUAGACAUAGUUCUAACAGACAUUAAGGAACAGCCAUAGACAUAGUUCUAACAGCCAUAGACAUAGUUCUAACAGACAUUAAGGAACAGCCACAGACAUAGUUCUAACAGCCAUAGACAUAGUUCUAACAGCCAUAGACAUAGUUCUAACACAGCCACAGACAUAGUUCUAACACAGCCACAGACAUAGUUCUAACAGCCAUAGACAUAGUUCUAACAGCCAUAGACAUAGUUCUAACAGCCAUAGACAUAGUUCUAACAGCCAUAGACAUAGUUCUAACAGCCAUAGACAUAGUUCUAACAGCCAUAGACAUAGUUCUAAGUACCUCUAAAGGACAGCCAUAGACAUAGUUCUAACACCGCUUACGUCGAAGCGGACAGCGUGGAUACUUUUUGCCGUUGUCUGGUGGCAUGGAUUCGUCGUCAACCGCAAUGUUAGUCGGGAUUAUGUGCCACCGUGUCUACGAGUUAAUCGCGAAUGGGACAGAUCCAGGUGCCGGAGGUAGUAGUAGCUUCACACGUACUUAUGCCUUCUUGCAUGCAACUUGACUUAAUAUCUAUGAGCAUGAGCAUGCCUUGACUCAGUCAGUGUUAAAAUGAUCUAUGUUACUUAUGCCUUGACUCAGUCAGUGUUAAAAUGACGUCCUUUGAAUAGCUUCCAACGUACUUGCAACUUGACUUAUCUAUGAGCAUGAGCAUGUCUAUGACGGUUUGAAAACAUAUUUGUACGUAGAUUCUAGGUGAGUCGUCCCUCCAAACAACAUAUCUAUGACGCUGAAAAGAAGAGAAGGCAUAGAAGAGGUGCGACGUAGAUAGGUCGACUUGUUGUUGACACCCCUAAGUUACUACGCACCGAGCUCCCAGUAAGCACAGUCCUAGGAGAGACAGUAAAGCACUUCCAGCAGGAUCUUCUGGGUCGCCUGGAAAAACGUCCAGUCCUCCUGCGAGAGUGCCUGAGGUUCCGCUUGCCUUGCGGGAUCUCAGAGUUAAGGCUAGUUUUUCACUAUCCCGCGUGCAAUUAUAUGCUGACUGGGUUCAUCCCUAGGAUUUAACAAGGGGAAGGUAAGGGGAAAAGGGGUAACCCACUCCACACCGGCUAGGGAAAAACUAGCGCUAAUAGAGGGAUUCUCAAGGAUCCGAUGUACGUGCCGACGUCGGGCCAAGACAUCUGUAAGAGGCUCUUCUUCACCUGCUACAUGGCGAGCGAGUUUUCGGGUGCGGAAACACGACGAAGAGCGAAGAUGGUCAGCGAACUGAUCGGCGCUGCUCAUACGAGCAUCUUCAUAGACAAGGUCACAGACGCAGUGAAGAAUGUUUUUUCGGAGAUGAGUGUCGUAUCGAUGGGCGGCGAAAAAGAAACAAAGCCAGAACUAGAUUCUGGUAUUCUUUGCAGUUUUGGACAUUUUCGUAUCUUUUGUGCAUGUCAUAGACUUUGCAUGAAGUCAACUUACUACUGUUGUGCAGCUCAAGAAUGUCUCUGAUGACCACCACUCAAUCUACUAAAAACUCAGAUAUGCGUGCCACGACACAGUCGAACGGCGUUGCGCAUAUCUCCUCAGGAGCAAGCACUGGCAGUUCUGCCCCAACGACAAUGUUGAUGAAGACUCCAGACAUUAUGGCUUCGUCCCCUAAUCCAUCUACGGGAGCCUCUGCUUACUAGGCACAUACCUCUUGUUAGGCACAUUCAUUCAUUCAUUCAUUCAUUCGUCCCAUAAUUAUAGAGGGACAACAGCUCCACCAAGAUCGAUGAAAAAUCCCAGAUCAAUGGAUUUAGGUGAGCUCUAAAGACAUAAACGGCAGUGGUGUAGAAAACAUAGCAUUGCAGAACAUCCAGGCACGAUCCAGGAUGGUCAUGUCCUAUUUCCUUGCGCAGCUACUACCAUGGCAAUUCUCAGAUGGACGCGAUCAGUGGCCAGGACAACUGCUCUUAUGAAUGACAAUAAUCUUUUUCAAAUUUUCCUGAGUUCUUGGGAAGUAUUCAUCUUACAACUAGUUUAGUUUCUUUUUCCACUUACUUUGUGUAAAGAAAUAGAUAGAAAAGACCGAAACCGUUGUUGAUCCGUCUUUUCUCUGGUUACCUGUUCUUAGGAGCCUAAUUAUUACGUGUCAUAACCCUAAGCCUAAUCAAUGAAAAUGAUUAUGACACAUGUUGCCUAUUUGCUUAAGAUCCUUGACCCAUUUGUUUCAUCUUUCGUACUGGGCUCUGCCAACGUAGACGAAGCCUUGCGUGGGUAUUAUACGAAGUACGACUGCUCAGCUGCCGACAUCAACCCCAUAGGAGGCAUCAGAAAGGUGGAUCUGAAGCAGUUUUUGCUCUGGGGAGACCAAAACUACGGCAAACCGAUGCAGAACAGCGUUUUGUACGAUACGGCGACGGCAGAACCGAGUGCGGAACUCACAGAUAUGGCUACUAGGGUUGUAACUGACCCAAUUCGUGAUCACAAAUCAGUGAGAACAACCUGUAGAGGUCUACUUUUUAUAUAUAUGAUUCUGACAUGAUUCUUCGACCUCAUCUUACCCCAUAGCAGUUACAUAUGUCAAGGACCAAAUGCUGCUCACAUUGUGAAACUACAACAAAAUUUCAAAACCCUACUCUAACGGCAGCAGUGAAGGUAACCAAAAAGAUGAGGAUGAUAUGGGAAUGUCCUAUGCUGAACUGGCAGAACUGGGCCAAGCGCGAAAGUGCGAUCGCGGCGGACCUUACUCUGUCUUCACCAAUCUCCUGCAGCGAUGGACGGAACAAAAACGGACGCUGACAGGCAGCAAGCGCUGUCCAGCCAAGGAUCUGCCAGCUAAAGGCGGAAAAAACUCGACACCGGGACCUAAUGGUACACUGAAAAUUUCAAGUUCGACCAUGUUGAUGACUUUUUACUCCACUUAUUUGAUAGUGGUGAUGAUACCAAAACAUCUAACAUGAAUCAUCUACGACAGCCGCCUACGCAGAUCAAGUUGGACAGAAAGUGAAGGAUUUUUUCUUCUACAACGCGAUCAAUCGGCACAAGAUGACCACACUAACACCGGCUUAUCAUGCAGAGAAUUAUUCCCCAGAGGAUAAUCGAUUUGACCUGCGUCCGUUCCUCUACCCCGCGACCUUUUCGAGGCAGUUUCGAGCCAUCGAUGAUGCUGUAGCCGCCUUGCGGCACAAGGAGCAAAGAAAGACAGCAGAAGCGAGGGAAGCGUCAAGAGGAACCUUUGUGCCUGGCGGUCGCUCGACUAAGCAAUGAUGUUGUCUCUGAACGCGACCACUUUCAUCCAGUUGUAGGGUCGUUCUUGCGGAGUAGUGGAAGCUCAAAAAGGCUCUCGUGGUGCCCUUUGGGCAGCUUCUUGCUACUCUCGAUUUGCGCUUUUAUGGGUUACAUCUAGACUUUAGUUCUUAGUUAUCUAACGCCGCAAUAAAAAAAUGAGGGCAUAACUCAUUCUUACUCAACGGUCCAUGACAAUGAUACCCAUUCUUACGACAACGGGCUUCUCGUAAAAAGGAUUGAAGAUGAGUUCUUUCUAGAUGCUUCUACGUACUUCGCUUCGGUCUCACAGACCUCCCAUUCAGAUCAAAGAAUCUAGAUUUAUAACACGGUAAGUAUAAUCUUCAUCUUCAUUAUACGAGACCGAACUUGGGCUGAGAAUAACAGCACGAGUCGCAUGAAGGCCAAUCCAGGAGUAAAUAAGAAGAUGAUCAAUAAGUGUUCGUUUUUUUGAACGAGAUCCUUCUGAAUUUCCAAUUAUAAUCAUC